AUGGCCCUGUACUUUGUACCACUGCUGGUCCUGCUCUCCCUCGGGUGCGGCAGCAUGGGGAAUCAAGGGGCGCUGAGCGUCCGAGGCUGCAAGCAGGCACUGAAUGUGCUGGGGGCUCUGCCGGGAGGCGGCUGGGACAACCUGCGCAACGUUGAGCUGGGGCUGGUGUUUUGGCACAACUACUCGCAGUGCCGCACCACCGAGGACGGCGAGUACCUGAUCCCAGACCAUGUGCACGUGGUGCCGCGGCGGGAGAGUGUGGUGGAGACCCGUGCCGAGCUCCUGGACGAGUGGCUCAGCUACACCGACGCCUGGGCAGCCUCCAUCAACGCUGAGCUCUCUUUCCUCCCCAGCCUCAACGGGAAGUUCUCCACCGACUUCCAGAGCAUCAAGAAGUACAACCUGGAGUAUGAGACGGUCACGGUCAGAGUGCAGGUCCGCCACAACAUCUACUCUGUGAAGACCCCGGAGUCCCCCGACUUCCACCCUGCCUUUCUGCAGCACCUGCUGACCCUCAGCGACUACCUGGAGAACAACCAGACCCGCGAGGCCGAAUACCUGGCUGAGGUGCUUGUGCUCAGGUAUGGCACGCACGUCCUUACCCAUGUGGAGGCCGGGGCUACGUUGGUGCAGGAGGACCAAGUGAAGCGUGAACUGGUGGGCAGCAAGGCCGGAGAGAGGAGCAACAUCACGUUGGCUGCCUCGGCCGUGUUUUUCCACACGGUCAAUGUUGGGGCCACGGCCUCCUGGCAGGCGCAGAGCCAGCUCUUCCAGGACUACAUGAGGAACACGGUGACCUCCAGGACACGGAGCCACGGCGGGGUACCCUUCUACCCUGGCAUCACCCUGAAGACGUGGCAGGAGGGCAUAGGUAACAGGCUGGUGGCGAUCGGCAGGUCCGGCCUGCCCUUGCCUGAGCUAUUGGAGCCGGAGGCGCUGCCGCAGCUCCCCGCGCCCGCGGUGCGCCGCCUAGCGACCAUCGUGCGCCGUGCCAUCCACCGCUACUACGCGGUCAACGCGCACCCGGGCUGCCUGAAGCGUGGGGCGCCCGCCUUCAAUCCCCAGGCCAACGUGGACGAUGGCUCGUGCGAUGGACACCACCAAGCCAACUUCAGUUUCGGGGGCGUCUUCCAGGAGUGCGAGGCUGUGUCAGGGAAGGAAGCGGAGAGUCUCUGCCAGGCCUAUCGUACCCCGAACCCCCUCACUGGCAACACCUCUUGCCCGUCCAACUACAAGGCCAGCGCCCUGCACAGCGAGCUGAAGACAUCGAGCAAGACCCACUCUGAGUGCAAACAGCAGUGCCAGAGGUGCUGGCUCUUCUUCCACUGCUGCCAGCCCGUGUGCAAGGUCCGCGAGCAGCGCACCGUGGUGCGCCUGGCUGCGUCCUGGUGCGUGCCCUCCCAGGCCUCCCUGCCCGCCUCUGUCAGCUUCCUCUUUGGAGGCCUCUAUGGCCCUGACCACCCAAACCCACUGACUGGGGGCCAGACCUGUCCCUCCUACUUCUACCCACUGACGCUUUUUGGUGACCUCAGGGUGUGCGUGAGCAGCGACUUCGAGCUGUGCACGGCGCAGGCAGCUCCCUUUGGGGGUUUCUUCAGCUGCCAAGUAGGCAAUCCCUUGGCUGGCCUCUUGAAGGGCCAGAGCCCUGGGCUCCUGCAGGAGAUGUUCUACCGGGACAGUCCCACAGACCAUCCCAUGAAGUGCCCAGCAGGGUACAGCCAACACCAGGCUUACCUCAUUGAUGGGUGCCAAAUCCUCUACUGCCUUAGAGCUGGGGCCCUCCUGGACCGGCAGCAGGCAGCUGUCCGCAUGCCCCCAUUUCUUCCCCGCCCCCCCUUGCUCAACAACAACCGCAGCUCACGGAGGCUGUCUGUCCUGGUGGACUCCAAUGGUCAGUAUGUCUGGGUGAGGCUCCAGGGCUCCGGCCACUGGCAGCAGGCCAGCAUGAAUGAUGGGUCCCUGCCAGCCAAUUUCUUGAGCCGGCCUGGCUCCAGGCCCUUUGUCGGAGCCAUUGUGGGCAUCUGUGUGGGGACCAUGGUGGCGGUGGUGGCUGUUGCUCUAGGGCUGACCUAUGGCUUCAGGUACUACAAGAAAGAGCGUUACCGGAAAAUGCAGAGGGGUAUGCUGAUUCAGGAACAGAGCACUUAUGGGGCCACUGAAGCUAUCGCAGAGCCCACCUCUGUCUGA